UCAUGUAGUCAUGACAUCGUACGUCUAAGAAAGUACUUAGGUACCUAUCUAGUAGAUAAAUAAAGUACAGAUAAAUAAAGUACCUAGGUACCACCUAGGUACUACCUACCUAAUAACAUACGUAUACCGGGCGCAGCGCACGAAUGCAGGAAAGCGCAGCGCAGGGCACAACAAAAAUACCAAAAACUGAUUGGAGACUUGGAAUCUGCGCUGCGAUUGCGAUCGGGUAACUAGUAUUGAUCGGCCAAUAGGUGCAGAAAUUGGUAUCUAAAAUACCACUGUAGUAAUAUUACCGGAGUAAAACAAAUUUAUUUCUAAUUUUGAAGACUUGAAAUGUAUAAUCUACACUAACAAAGUGUAUGACAAUAAGUUUAUAAAAAAUGGAACCUCCUAAUGCAGGGUCCCCGGGCCUGAUUUCUACAGCACCACUAUUGCCGCCUUCAAUGUUGGGAGGUAUGCCUCCAGCUUUACCAACAGCAGUGGCCAUGCCUCCAGUGCCUGGACUGCCACCGAAUAUGGCAGCAAUGCCCCCGCCAAUGGGCUUUCCUCCUAUGUUGCCACCAUUCUCUAUGCCACCUCCAGGAUUUCCUUCAUUUAAACCGGAUUUGAAUGCACCAGCACCAGACGUGGCUCCAUUAGCUAAUCAAAGCAGCCCCUGGUCAGAACAUAAGGCUCCUGAUGGUCGUAUAUAUUAUUAUAACUCCGUCAGUAAACAAAGUCUUUGGGAGAAACCAGAUGAUUUGAAAACCCCAGCUGAGAAACUAUUGUCAUCAUGUGUUUGGAAAGAGUAUACGACUGAUGCAGGGCGUGUUUACUUUCACAACAUAGAGACAAAAGAAUCCAGUUGGGUGAUUCCCAAAGAACUGCAAGAAAUCAAAGACAAAAUUGCAGCUGAAGAGGCCGCACAAAAUAUGAUAGCGGAUGUGCCUGUGCCUGGCGAAGUGCCACUGCCGGGGUCACCGGCGGUGGGCGGGGGCAGCUCUGCGCUGGACGAAGCCAUGGCCAAGACUCUCGCGGCCAUCGACCCCACUCUGGCCAACACCAUUCCCAUUCCUGAAGAGAUAAAACCAGAAGAAAUAACAGCUCCACCACAAAACACGGGAAGCGAGGACGGCGACAAGGCACCCGAGGCUCAGUAUAAAGAUAAAAAGGAAGCCAUUGAAGCAUUCAAGGAACUCCUUAAAGAUAGAAAUGUUCCGUCGAACGCGUCUUGGGAGCAAUGUGUCAAAAUAAUAUCUAAGGAUCCUCGCUAUGCUAUGUUUAAAAAACUCAAUGAAAAGAAACAAGCCUUCAAUGCUUACAAAACGCAGAAGUUGAAGGAUGAAAGAGAGGAACAGAGGUUAAAAACAAAGAAAAAUCGUGAGAAUCUAGAAGAGUUUUUAUUGAGUUGCGAUCGUGUCACGUCGUUGACCAAGUACUACAAAUGUGAAGAGAUGUUUAACAAUCUUGAGAUAUGGCGAUGCGUGCCGGACUCCGACCGCAGAGAUAUAUUUGAAGACUGUAUUUUUGCAAUUACGAAGCGCGAGAAAGAGGAAGCGAAGGCGUUGAAAAAACGCAACAUGAAGAUGUUGGCGCAAGUAUUGGAAAAUAUGAGCGAGAUCACAUACAACAGCACUUGGAGCGAGGCGCAGGUGUUGCUGCUGGAGAACUCUGCGUUUAAAAAUGAUGUCAGCCUUCUUGGCAUGGACAAAGAGGACGCCCUCAUAGUGUUCGAACAGCACAUCAAGAAUUUAGAGGCGGAAUACUUACAAGAACGUGAACAACUAAAGAAGAAGAAUAAACGUCUCCAGCGCAAGAAUAGGGAUAAUUUUUUGGCUUUACUCGACAGUCUCCACGAAGAAGGCAAACUCACGUCUAUGUCUCUGUGGGUGGAAUUAUAUCCUGUUAUCUCGGCUGACACGAGAUUUGCGGCUAUGCUCGGUCAAAGCGGGUCAACGCCUCUGGAUCUAUUCAAGUUCUACGUGGAGAACCUGAAGGCUCGUUUCCAUGACGAGAAGAAGGUGAUCAAGGAGAUACUACGGGAGAAGGACUUCGAGGUGCGCCCAGACACGAGCUUCGAAGAGUUCGCGACCGUCGUCUGCGAAGACAGCAAGUCAGCGUCGCUCGACGCCGGCAACGUCAAACUGACAUACAAUUCGUUACUUGAAAAGGCGGAAACAAAGAAUAAAGAGAAAAUGAAAGAAGAGUCGAAGGCUCAGAAGAAGUUAGAGAGCUCGUUCAAAUGGGCGCUGAGCGACGCCAACAUCGACCACCAGCUGCCGUGGGCCGAGGUCAAGGGGCAACUGGACCUCGACGCGCCGGAGUUCCAAGCUGUGCCCAAUGAGGAGGACCGCAUCAGAAUAUACAAGGACUUCCAACACGAGCAAGAGGAGAGUUGCAUGCACUACCACCACCCGAAGCCGAAGAAGGCAAAACGCUCCAAGAAGAAGAAGCGGUCGCAUUCCGCGUCCUUGUCGCGGUCGCGGUCGCCGACGCCCGCGUCGCCGGCCGCCAGCGCGCAGUCGUGGUCGUCGGACGACGCGCGCAAACACAAGAAGUCCAAGAAGAAGCACCGCAAACAUUCCCCGCCACCGAAAUCCCCUACGCCGGAGGAGGGCGGCAUUUCGGACGAGUCGCCGUCGCCACCGCGACACAAAGUCAAGAAGUCUAAGCGAAGCGCGCCCAGCAGCCCCGACGAUGGGGAACACAAACCCAAGAAGAAGAAGGACAAGAAAGAGAAGAAGGAGAGGUCAGCGGCGUGGUCUGACGCGGAACUAGAAUCACGUCGCGCCGCUCUGCUGGCGCAGCUACACGAGCACGAGGCCGACUGACAACCAGUCACUCACGUACACAUCUUCAACGACUACCCGCGACCACGUUCACCGGCCAAAUCUGCUUCGGUACCUACCUCUCCUGAGACUAGCAAUAGUGACGCCGAUCCACCAACAAAUGACUGACCCACUGUCACUCACAUACAUAUCUUCAACGAAUACCCGCGACCACGUUCACCAGCCAAAUCUACUUCGGUACACACCUCUGAGAUUAGCAACAGUGAUGCCGAUCCACCGACAAACGACUAUUCACGACCACGUUCGCCGGCCAAAUCUGCUUCGGUACCCACCUCUCCUGAGACUAGCAAUAGUGACGGUGAUCCACCAAGAAAUGACUGACCACUGACAAUGUCACUCGCCUACAUAUUUUCAACGAAUACCCGCAACUACGUUUACCGGUCAAAUCUGCUUCCAUAUACCUCUCCUAAGAGUCACAACAGUGACGCCGAUCCACCAACAAAUGACUGACCCACUGUCAGUCAUGUCACUUCACGGCUACACGGCCAAAUUUGUACCAAUACAUUACUUCUCAUGAUUUUUUCAUUAGUGACGCCAAAGACCAACAUUGUGACGGCGCACUAGCAAGUGUAACUGAUUGUUAAAAAAUAGAUUAAGAUUUUAAAUCGAAUUCAAUAGAUGGUAUGUACAACGUAAUUAUUAUCCUACUUAUUAAAUAUGACCUUCACAGACUCACAUUAUUGAUAAGUAUAACAUAAUACCUAGAUCUUGUAUUGAUAUUCUGCUCAUACUAAAUGUACCGUUAUUGUCUAUACUCUGUUGUGAGUAAAUACUGUUCUGUAUGUCUACAUUGGCAGCGCUUAGUCGCUAUCAUUUUAAUGUUUAGCCUUAAGAAAAAUAUUAAUUAGUGCUCAUACAUUAUAUAUACCGUGAAUUGUCAACUGUAUACUUGACAAAUAAACUUAAGAGAAAAGCCA